GAUUCCGCCCCCUCCCCCCCUUACGCGUGGCUGUGUUCCGCAUGCUGCCUGCACGCCUGACUUGCAGGCUACUGCGGCCCUUUUUACGGGCAUCUGCUCCCACGGUAGCGCGCCAUGGCCCUCGGGAGCCGCUUUUCGAGAGAUGCGCGGCCGCCUCUUCCUCCCAGGACCUAUCUGGCCUGGGACGUAGGCUUUCUCGUGGCUCAACGGCAACUGGGGGUUACGAAGGGGGGGCUGACAUGGAGGAGCAUUUUCUGUUCCCCGAGUACGUCUCGGAGCCCGAGGCCGCACCGACCCUCACAGAGCAGCUGCGAGAGCGGCAGCAGCGACAGGAGGAGGAGGAGCGACAGAAACAGCAGCGGCGGGAAGAGCGGCGGCAGCAAAAGCUGCGGGACAAGAGGCAACACCCGGUCGUGGGACACCCGGACCCGACGGUGCCACCCAGCGGCCUGAACUGCUCGGGCUGCGGAGCGGAGCUGCACUGCCAGGAUCCUGGCGUGCCCGGCUACCUCCCCAGCGAGAAGUACCUCAGCGCAGCGGCGCAGACCGACGGCGGGCUGGCGCGGACCGUGUGCCAACGCUGCUGGCUCCUAGUGCACCACCGGCGCGCCCUGCGCGUACAGAUGAGCUGCGAGCAGUAUCGAGAGCUGGUGAGCGCCGCGCUGCGAAGGCCGGGGCCCGCCCUGGUGCUCUACAUGGUGGACCUUCUGGAUCUGCCCGACGCCCUGCUGCCGGAGCUGCCAGCGCUGGUGGGCCCCCGGCAACUGAUCGUGCUGGGGAACAAGGUGGACCUGCUGCCCCAGGACGCGCCCGGCUACCUGCAGCGGCUCCGGGAGCGCCUGUGGGACGACUGUACCCGCGCAGGGCUCCUUCGGCCGUCCAGCCACCGAGGACCACAGCAGGCCCAGGAGGACGGGCCGCGAGACGGGAAGGAGAAUUCGAAUCCUUCUGCCAGGGCCCGCACGGUGCUCAAGGACGUGAGGCUCAUUAGCGCCAAGACUGGUUACGGAAUCGAAGAAUUGAUCUCAGUGCUUCAGCGCUCCUGGCGUUACCGUGGCGACGUCUACCUGGUUGGCUCCACCAACGCUGGCAAGUCCACUCUCUUCAACACGCUCCUAGAAAGCGAUUACUGCAUCGCCAAGGGCGCCGAAGCUAUCGACAGAGCCACCAUCUCCUCUUGGCCUGGUACUACAUUAAACCUUCUGAAGUUUCCUAUUUGCAACCCAACACCUUACAGGAUGUUUGAAAGGCAAAAAAGGCUUAAAAAAGAUGCAACUGAAGCUGAAGAAGAUCUUAGUCAGGAAAAACAACGUCAACUUAAUUUCUUGAAACGACAUGGUUAUGUAGUAGGAAGAGUUGGAAGAACAUUCGUGUAUUCAGAAGAACAGAAGGAUGAAGCUGCUUUUGAGUUUGAUGCUGAUUCCCUUGCCUUUGACAUGGGAAAUGAACCUGUUAUGGUUGCAGAUAAAGCCACCAAACGAAUAGAAUUGACCCCACAAGAUGUGAAAGAUGCCCACUGGUUUCAUGACACCCCUGGAAUUACAAAAGAAAAUUGUAUUUUAAACCUUCUAACAGAAAAAGAAGUAAAUCUUGUUUUGCCAACACAUUCCAUUGUUCCAAGAACUUUUGUGCUUAAACCAGGAAUGGUUCUAUUUUUGGGUGCCAUAGGCCGCAUCGAUUUUCUGCAGGGAAAUCAGUCAGCUUGGUUUACAGUCGUGGCUUCCAAUCUCCUCCCUGUGCACAUUACUUCCUUGGACAAGGCAGAUACUGUGUAUCAGAAGCAUGCCGGUCAUACAUUACUCAAGGUUCCAAUGGGUGGAGAAGAAAGAAUGGCAGGAUUUCCUCCUCUCGUUGGUGAAGACAUUACCUUAAAUGAAGGACUUGGGGAAUCUGAAGCAGUGGCUGACAUCAAGUUUUCCUCUGCAGGUUGGGUUGCAGUAACACCUCAGUUUAAGGACAGACUGCAUCUCCGAGGCUAUACACCUCAAGGAACAGUUCUGACGGUCCGGCCCCCUCUCUUGCCAUAUAUCGUUAACAUCAAAGGAGGGCGCAUCAAGAGAAGUGUGGCCUAUAAAACCAAGAAGACUCCUUCUGUUGUGUACAAUCUGCAGAAGAAGAAAAAACAGAUAUAUGUGUGAAGCUGACCCUGUUCACACUGAAUAUUAACUAUACUGGACAUAACUACACAUGUUAAAUUGUAUUAAACAUAAUUAUAAUAAAGCUUUCUUUGCUCCCACACUUUUUAAACCACCCAGGA